AUGGCGUGCGUAAUCCGGUUCGUGUCGAACUGUAGACGAAAGAGCAAAAAACUGCCGAUUGAGACGCUAAAAGCAACGAGCAGACAGAGCAAAGUACUACAACCAACGGCAGCUACGUCAGUACGCGUGGCGCUACAGCAAAGUGAGUACGAGAAGGCGGAACUAUGGCUGAUGAAGAUGGCACAGGCGGAGUGUUUCAUCGAUGAAUUGAAGGUACUGGUCAGGAAUAAGGAUCGGCCGGUGUGCCAAUGGCUGGCGAUCGAGAAGUCCAGUGCACUCUACAAACUUACUCCGCUGAUUGACGAAAACGGGCUGAUUCGAAUGGAGGGGAGAGCAGAGAAAGCAGAGCUGCUGUCAUUCGAUCUACGUUUUCCAACGAUCCUGCCACAUCAGCAUAAAAUCACGCAGCUGAUUGUUCAGCAUUACCACGAGAAGAGCGGUCACGGAUAUCGACAGGCGGUGAAGAACGAGCUAAAGCAGCUGUUCUACAUUCCGCAGCUUGACGCAGUAGUCCGGAAGGUGUCGUCGUCUUGCGUAUGGUGUAAGGUCCAUCGAAGUCGGCCUCGAGUUCCACGAAUGGCUCCGCUACCAGUGCAGCGGCUAACACCGAAUCUUCGUCCCUUUAGUUACUCAGGUGUGGAUUAUUUGGGCCCAUUUGCUGUUACUGUAGGACGCCGAACGGAGAAGAGAUGGGUCGCAUUGUUCACCUGCUUGGUAACCCGCGCGGUGCACCUGGAGGUGGCUCACGGACUGACUACGCAGUCGUGCUUGAUGGCGAUUCACCGGUUCAUUGGUCGGCGAGGUUGGCCGAUGGAGUUUCUGUCCGACAAUGAGACGAACUUCCUAGGAGCCAGUAAGGAACUGGAAGGAGUUGUCCGAGAAAUAGGAGAAGAUUGUGCGGAUCAGCUGACUAGCGCGAGAACGAAGUGGACGUUCAACCCCCCUUUGGCUCCUCACAUGGGAGGAGUAUGGGAGCGUCUCGUUCGGUCGGUUAAGGAGGCAUUCGUGGCGCUUGAUGAUGGGAGACGGUUGACGGACGAAAUUUUGCAGACAGUAGCGGUAGAAGCGGAAGACAUGAUAAAUUCUCGCCCGCUAACGUACGUGUCUCAAGAGUGUGACGAAGCGGAGGCACUCACUCCAAACCACUUUUUGCGGGGACUCUCCCCAAAUCAGCCUAGCGUGAAUCUUCCCCCACCUCAUCCAGCAGCAGCACUUCGAGACGCGUUCCAGCGAUCGCGGCAAUUGGCCAGCAUUUUGUGGGAACGUUGGGUCAAGGAGUACGUUCCUUCGCUGAACCAGAGGACAAAGUGGUUUAUUGAGUCGAGACCAUUAAGAACAGGAGACUUAGUUUAUGUGGUAGAAGGCAGCAACCGGAAGUGCUGGAUCCGCGGGGUGAUAGACGAGGUUAUCGUGUCCGGUGAUGGGCGAAUUCGGCAGGCCUGGGUACGCACCAACAGUGGACGAUAUAGGCGAGCAACAGCAAAACUAGCCGUAAUGGAGUUUGGUAACUCUGAACUGGAUGCGAGCUCCGGGACAGGGUUACGGGCCGGGGAAUGUUCUGGCAUCACUGGCAGUUGCACCAUUGCAUCCGUGUCGAAUUGA